AUGUCUUCAACAAGCACAAACAAGGGAACAUCGUCAGAUUUUACGCAAAUCAACGACACGUGUAAAUCCAAUCGCUGGUGGAAAACAAAACAAGAGAAAAAGUCAGUUUUUUUUUUGAAAUGAGAAAUAAAAUAUUUGAGAUCACGCAUUCUAUUUCAAAUAUAAUUUUCAUUUUCAUUCAGUCUCAUAAAAAACUAAAAUUAGUAGUUUUUCAGACAUUCGACGAUCAAAAAAGUCAAAACACUCAAAACCACAUGGGACAAAAAAAUGGAACUGAAGGCGAAAAAAGAUAUGGUGAAACGAGUUCAGGAUAAUAUUCGAGAACAACACGCACAAGAAAGACAAGAAAAGAUUGAGAGAAAAGCUGAACAAGAAAGAAGACGAUUGGAAAAUGAACGAAAAGCUGAAAUUGUUCAAAAAAUCACAAAGAUUCACAAACUCAAGAAAACAAAGAAACGUCAACUUCGAAGUAUCCAUAUGCGCGACACCACUGUUGUUCAAAAGUAA